AUGGAAAACAUAAAAGUUAGUACAAAAAUCCAAGACCUAGCCCCUAACAAGCAGUGGCACAUCAGCGCAGCGAUCUUCCGAUGGGAAGGGCAACCCGCCCACUAUAGCGUCCUGCUUCUAAGGCGCGCCAACAGUGAGACCCUGCUUGGUAUCUGGGAACUUCCAACAGGCCCAGUCCGAGUCACCGACGUGAACAUCGCCGGUGCUAUCAAGCGCCAGGUCCUCGAAGACACCGGUCUCCCUGUGACCAGCAUUAUGGCUCAGGUCGAACCAUUAAGAUGGGAAUCCGACUUCCAGUCCCAUCGGCAAAUCAACUACGGGAUCCUUGAUGAAUCUCACCAAAUGGUGAGAAUCAAUCACGAAAAGCAUUCGGAUUACCGGUGGGUGCAGUUGAAACAUCUUCGCGCGUUUGACAUUCCCCCGGCGACAAAGGAGGUGAUUCGGGAUGCCUUCAAGAUUCACACCUUCUGGCAUUGA